AUGACCGCCAUCUUGUAAAAGUGUCUGUAGUGUUUGGAGGUUUAGCGAGAAGGAACAGCAGCUUCGCCGGAGGCUGGAAGUCCUUUUGAAGUGGUUGCAACGGUCCUUGGCAGUCCCUGGGCACCCAGGUGACCUCGUGCGAGGCCAGGGUACCUACAAGCUGCUAGGACAACCUCACGGCCAAAAAGCUCAUUUACACGCCCGACUCUCGCGAAGAUGGUGAGCAUUCUUACACGAAGAUUUUCAUCUAACCCUCUGACAAAUUCGUUUUUCGAAUCUCAUGUUAUUUAGAGUUCGGCAUCCACGGGUGGAACUGAGGGGUCUAGUCCAGCCUCUAGCCCUGCCUCAGCAACAAGUCUCACCAUGGCUGCUCCAAAAUAUGGUACUUUGGUUCCAAAUCGCAUCUUUGUAGGCGGCAUUUCAGCUAAUACCAGUGUAGAAGAACUUGCUCAACUUUUUUCUUCCUACGGCAAUGUAAAGGCUACAAAAAUAAUUGCUGAUCGUGCUGGUGUCUCCAAAGGUUAUGGAUUUGUUACAUUUGAAACUGAAGAAGAAGCUAAAAGACUUCAACAAGAGUCUGAAUGCAUUGUAUUAAGGGAAAGAAAAUUAAAUAUAGCACCUGCAAUUAAAAAACAACCUUUCAAUAGAUCUUUGGAUGGUGGUUCUGGAUCACCACCCUCUGUGCCUACUAGUACUUAUUAUUAUCCAAAUGGAAUGGGACUGACAUAUCAAAAUGGUAUGACAUUUUACAAUACAACAGCUCCAACACCAACGACACCAAUUGCUCCACCAACUGAUCCAGCAACUAUUUAUCAAGCUACCGGAGUAUUCGGGCCACAAGCUGCUGGUCAUCAAACUUUUGCACCUGUGAUGUAUCCGUGUCCUGCUCCAUCUCUAUAUAUGCCACAACAAUAUCAAUAUUCACCUAUGCCGUACGAGUGUUAUGCAGGGGCAGUUGCCGCCGGAGCUCAUCAGUACUUGUAUCCUACAAAUAACUCACAAAACAAUACAAGUGGCGGUAACAGUAAUUCUGGAAGUGGUAAUAAUGGCACAGGGGCGACCAGUCCACCGACGGGUCCUCCACCACCACUUCCAUCUUUACCACCACCACCGCCGACACAUUUUUAUCCUCCUGCCGCUCCACCACCGCAUCAUCAUCCACCGGUGCCUGCAGGUCCUGCGCCUCCUCAGAUGGAUCAUAUUUACUAUCCUUUCGCAGCCGGGCCUCAUCCGCCUCCACCACCACAUGCAUCCAUGGGAUUAACUGAUCAACAAUUACUACUUUUCCCUUCUGAUGCCACAUGCCAACAAACAUCUUCAUCUGAUGGCCAGGCUGCUCCUCAGGAGGAUUCUCGUUCGACAUCGAGCCACUCGGAGCAAGCACAUGGUGAAACACAGGCUGCUUCAGGGUCAGCCACACCCUUGGUGUCCUUAAUGCCCGUGAAAUUUCCCAUGUCCGGUCGUUACACCAAUUAUCAUCCGAUCGCGAUACAUACCGCCAACUUGUACAGUUCCCAAACGUGUUUAAACGAAACUGACGAUUGCAGUGGUAAUCAGAUGCAUUGUAGGACGAUCGUUUAUCAUCCAGCAGCUGUUUACAUUCCUCAUACACAUACACCUCCAUUUCAUAAUGCAUCCGGUGGUACAAGUCUGUUGCCAACACCGCCAUCCGUAUCACAGCAAUUAUUUGAUUCGACCAACAAGAAUCAGUGCUUCAAUUCUAGAGAUUACACGAAAUCCGGCAGCGUAAACACCCUAAAUAAUUAUUCGAAAUCGCAAAAUCACGGGAUCGCGUUAUCGCAUCAAAAUCCGUUCGUUCGAGCUCAAAACUUGGGGAAUUCUCAGCCGUACAAACAUAGUAACUUAGACGGAGGUUAUAAAUAUACGACGCCGGCAAUGAGCUCGCGAUUCUCCAUGCAGUAUAACAAAAAGGCGGCUGGUUCGAACGUGGGCUCACCGGCUUGCUUCGUAGCACAAAAAUCAUCGGAGAAUUAUAAUUCAACUCAGAAGUCGGCUGUUUUCGGAUCGAAUUCAACCGGUGGACAGCCGUAUAAUUGCACGAAUUCACAGAAAAUGUUCAACCCGGCAACGAAUUUUGAUUACGCGAAUAAUCGUAAAAAUAACACUGGUGGGGAUCAGUAUUUCGAGAAUACGGCGAAAUCGAAUAAUUAUUCUACCCGUAAAAAUACGACGAGCUAUAGGAACAAUGGGGUGAUUGGCGGACAAACCGAGGGAAGUAACAAUUCAAAUAGUCAAUCGAAUGAUAAAUACGCGACUAAUAUCGAAAACGAGAAUAGUACUUCGCAGGGUAUACAAGGGACGGAGAAUAAUAGUUCGGAGAAGCCGGUGAGCCCACCACCAGCACCAUAUUCGCCCAUGACAAGACCCCUUCCAACUUUGUCACCACCCACCUCCCAGGUCCAGUUCUACAAUCCGGCGCAAAACCGUUAUCAGCCAUCCUUAGCCCCGUCUCAACAUCAGCAGCCACAGCAGACGAAUACUCAGCGUCGUUACACCAUCGCUCCUGCGUUGUCUGCAAGCAGAAAACCGACGGAGAAGUAUACAAAUUCCGGUUCCCAGCCAACCACCACGACAAUGUUACGACAAAGCAAGUACAAGGUGAACGGAAUUAUGCAGACGGGUAACAAAGUGACGGAUGAUAGUUUGGGAGGAGCUGGAGAUGCUCCACCUGGUGUUGGAAGAAUGCCUAUAACACCACCGGGAACACCAAGGACUCAUCCAGGUCAUCCUGCUGGCGAUCAAGGUCAGCUGAGCGAUACGUGCCAUCAGAUGCAAGCUCUGAGCCUUUGAACUCGUUUUCUCGAUAUAUACAUACAUAGAAACACGUAUGUAUAAACAGGCUCGAUUCGUUUUUCCUCCCUUUCUUCUUCUUUCGGUCCUAAUCGUACGUUUAAUAACGAUGCGUACGCGUUUAUAUAUAGGUUAGAAUAGAUAGAUAAAAAUAUAGAUUAGGUAGAUAGAUGAUGCAUCUCGAUUUCGAAGCCGUAUGAAAAAGCAGGCAAAAACAGAAUGGAAAGUAUGCCGAUUCACGGACGAUCCCUAUAUAUUUUGAAAACUGCAUAGAAACAUGAGCGCGAAUGGAUACAAAUAUCUGAAACAUGUUUGCUCUAUUCUCUUGUGAUCUCAAUCCCAAAUCCCAAAUUAAAAAGAUACGAUAUGAAAAGAAAAAGAAACGGAAACGAAAAAAAAAGAUGAAAAAAAAAUAAUUAAAUAAACUCCAUAUGUAAAUUAAUGCUCUUCGGUAAAUUAUUAAACAUUACU